AUGUCUGUUAUCGAACUUGGAGAUUCUGUUCCUACCUUGACACCACAUGCCACGAGUGUUUCAUUGCCAACAUGGAAAGACAAUGUUGGAUAUGAAGAGGGUGACCCAAGGGUAGUGGGGAAGAUGACCACUGGAUAUCCUCGAUUCUUCAUCCACAAACUUAUCGUCGCAUUUGCCGAUGAUAUCGUUAAAGCAUAUGGCAGUCAAAACGAGCAGGCGAUGCUCUUUCCAUCGCCCAAGACUGCUAGAAGCUGUGUGGCGUUUAUGCGUUCGAGGGACAAGUCAAUAUCUUCAAAACAACUGAAUGUGGUUGAUUUGGACCUUGAGCGUAAUCGAGUAUCAUCGGAAGUUCUCACCAAAAUUUCCCCUUCAAUUUCUGCUGUUUUGUUUCCCAAGGAAUUGUUCCCAGUUGCGAAGCAAUACUGGCAGCAUUCUGGAGACGGUGUCUCGAGUAGAAGGGCUGAAUUUUGCCACACUCUCUUCCAAGAAGGAUUACUAGUGAAAAAUACAAAUCCAUCAAGUCCUCAGAAUGGCGACAAGCUAUGCAAAGGCCCUAGGAGAUACCAGAAAGGCUCUAUAGACAAGACAUCUAGAAGUCACAACGGCUCAGGGGCGGACGAUGGCCAUCAUCUACCUAUCUCGCCGAUAAACUCCGAGGCUCGGGAAAGUUCGCAGUUCUUAGAAGAACGCUUUGGACGGAACCUUGACGUUUCUUUCGUGGACAAUGCAAAUUCUGCAAUUCGCCGUCGGAUAGCAGGUUCCUUGGUUGAUGAAGUGGAUUUGACCGAGAGCCCGAGCGCAGACAUGACCUCCAACAUGCGUGGAGUCGCUGAGCUUCCUGAGGAUGAUGUUUACCUCUAUCCUUGCGGCAUGAACUCGAUUUUCAAUGCCCACCAGAUGAUGUUGAAAACCAGAGGCUCUUUAAAAAGCAUAUCUUUCGGCUUCCCGUACGUUGACACUCUCAAGAUUCUGGAAAAGUUUGGCCCCGGUUGUACCUUUUACGGCAACGGUUCCUCUGAGGAUUUGGAUGACUUGGAGCACAGAUUGAAAGCAGGAGAAGAAUAUCUCGCACUAUUUUGUGAAUUCCCAGGGAACCCAAUGCUGAACUGUCCGGACCUCAAACGAAUCCGGAAAUUGGCCGAUGAAUACGACUUUGCUGUGGUAAUUGACGAGACUAUUGGUAAUUUUAUCAAUGUUCAUGUUCUACCAUUCGCGGACAUAGUCGUAAGCAGUCUUACGAAAAUUUUCUCAGGAGAAUGCAACGUCAUGGGUGGGAGUGCCAUUUUCAAUACCAGUGGAAAGUAUUAUCAAUCUUUGAAGGCCGUAGCCAGGACAGAAUAUGAAGAUAACUACUGGGCCGAAGAUGUUAUGUUCAUGGAACGAAAUAGCCGACACUUUGUAUCUCGAAUCGAGAAGAUCAAUGACAACGCCGAAGUCAUUUGUGACAUUCUCCGAUCCCAUCCAUUGGUAAAGUCGGUUUACUACCCCAAAUACAACGUCUCUAGAACCUUUUACGAUGAAUGUCGUACACCGAAUGGAGGGUAUGGCGGACUUCUCUCAUUCACCUUCAAGGAAAUGCAUCAAGCGGUUGCAUUUUUUGAUAAGAUUGAGACUGCAAAAGGUCCUAGUCUGGGAACUAAUUUCACAUUGACUUCGCCUUAUGUGAUCUUAGCCCAUUAUUUGGAACUGGAUUGGGCGGCACAAUUUGGAGUGCCUGCGGAACUCAUUCGCAUCAGCGUCGGCCUUGAGGAUGCGAGUGAUUUGAAAGCGCGAUUUGCGAUGGCAUUGAAAGCAGCAGAAGAUGCAACUUCUUAA